AUGCUGCUAUUUUCACCCCCACGAUUUGAUGCUCUUCUCAAUCACGGACCAGGAAAACAAACGACUUCCAUGUUUAGGCGUUUCUCGGUCCCGCUCUGGCCACCCAGCCCAGCGGCCUCCAUUCCUCUCUCACCACGCGCACCCAAGCAGAAGACUGCCAGACCCUCACCACCACGAAGGGCACAACAACUGCCAAAAGAAACCCCGGCCACCGAUAUGUCCCACCAGCCCGGCACUCCGCGCUCGUCUGCCUUUGCACCCACGCUUGGAAGCAUUCCAGAAGUCUUCGAAUAUGAAUCUCUCGACGCAAAAUUCGGCCCUGUCUCACUCAACGACGCGCCGGAGACCCCAGAAGCUUUCUUACCCGAGGCUUCCAGCAUGUGCCCGCCCACGCUUACCCGAGCGUCCUCAUGGCCUGCAAUCAUCCAGUCACCAUCUCGGAGAAUCGCAUCGCCUUUCGCGGUCUCAAAGACGCUGCGAAAUAUUCUGGAAGCCGAUCGCGCGCGACGAAGGCGCAUUAUGAAAGUCUACCUGAAAGCCAUUGUUUUUCUCAAAUACUUGUGGCGCGCUAACGAGCGUUACGGUAACGUCAUGGUUACCACUGGCAUGUACAUGCAACGAUGA